AUGAGGAACCACACUGUCACAACCUUCAUCUUGCUGGGAUUGACAGAUGACCAGCAACUGCAGGUUCUUAUCUUUGUCUUUCUCUUCUUUACCUACUCUCUGAGCAUAACCGGAAAUCUGGCCAUUGUCUCCCUCAUCUUUGUGGACCCUCACCUUAAAACAGCCAUGUACUAUUUCCUUAAAAACUUUGCUUUCUUGGAGAUCUCAUUUACAUCUGCAAGCAUCCCCAGAUACUUAUAUAACAUUGCAACGGGUGACAAAAUGAUUAGUUACAAUGCCUGUGUUGGCCAAGUGUUUUUUACUGAUCUCUUUGGCGUAACGGAGUUCUUCCUCCUGGCUGCCAUGUCCUAUGACCGCUAUGUGGCCAUCUGCAGGCCACUGCACUACAUGGCCAUCAUGAGCAGCACAGUCUGCAGAAGACUUGUGUUUUGUAGUUGGGUGGCUGGUUUGUUUAUUUUAAUUCCCCCACUUAGCCUUGGCCUAAAUCUGGAGUUCUGUGACUCUAACAUCAUCGAUCACUUCAUCUGUGAUGCUUUCCCGCUCCUGAAAAUCUCUUGUUCAGACACGUGGUUCAUGGAGCAGACCGUUCUCAUCUGUGCUGUGCUGACGCUCCUUAUAACCCUGGUAUGCGUCGUUCUGUCUUACGCUUACAUCAUCAGGACCGUCCUCAGAUUCCCUUCCGCCCAACAAAGGAAAAAGGCCUUCUCUACCUGUUCGUCCCACAUGAUCGUGGUUUCCAUCACCUACGGCAGCUGCAUCUUCAUCUACAUCAAGCCUUCGGCGAAGGAGGAAGUGGCCAUUAACAAGGGUGUGACGGUUCUCACUACUUCCAUUGCCCCAAUGCUAAACCCCUUCAUCUACACACUCAGAAACAGGCAAGUCAAACAAGCCUUCUGUGACUCAAUAAAAAGAAUUAUGAUGUUUUCCAAUAAAUAA